AUGGAACACGCCGGUAGCAGGAUUCCAGCCUGGAAGAGACUUGGGCUCACGCUCAAGAGGCCCGACCAAUCUGAGCGACAACCUCUCAAUGGAGCACAUGUCGGCGAGCACUUGGACGACUUUCACCCUGCUCUCACGUCUCCCCAGGAGAGCAACUCGAGCCUUGGCAAGCGAAAACGCCGAGACGAGCCAGCUGAACGAGACGGCAACACAGUCAAAACGAGCAGAAAGAGCCAUGAAGAGGACCCCACCGACGGACAUGCCGGCGAUGCGCUUCUGGGUGCUGCGAAAGAAGAGAAUGGGACAUUAGAGUCAAUUCCCGAUCCAGCACCAUCGUCCCGCCCAAAAGGGGAUCCCAACUACCGCAAGAAGAAGGGAAGGCAAGCGAGCUCAAAAGCCCAAGCGAGAACGGGGCCGGGUCAGGAGGAGCAGCAGGUCCCGGCAAAUCAAGGGUCAGAGACCUUUCUCUCACCUAGCCAGCGAGACGUGGCAAGCGGUGGACCAACUUUACUUGCCUCUAUCGAAACCGACCAUCUCGCUUCGCCCGCGGUUGCAACGCCCAAGAAGCGGGGAGCAACAGCGCAGUCAGCAAGCAACCACAAUCCGGAGGUUCUCUCACCCCCUCGCACCGACCGCCGCAAGUCCGUCGCUUUUACGCCGGACACAAAAACCGUCGACGGUAGCAGCGCUUCGGAUCUCUUCAAGAAGUGGGCACAAGAGCAAAAGGGUGCGAGCGCUGAGUUUACUCCAGCUGAGCUAGCGCAGUUCGUACCGCCUCCUAAGGUACACCCUGCUAAUAGCAUUCCUCCAGCUCAAAGCCCGAGCACCAAGGAAGAGAAGAAAGCGAAGACUCCUGACAGGAAAGCGCUGAAACAGACUGAAACAGGUUCACCUGCGCCGGGUAAGGGAGCUGAGCGGUCUGCCGAUAAGUCCAAGCCACCACCUGGCUCAGCAUCUAAAUCCAAGAAGGACCCGUCUCUCUAUCUUUCGUAUCUUACUCAGUAUUUCUCCAAUCGGAAAAACUGGAAGUUCAACAAGGCAAAGCAAAACGACGUUCUUAACAACGCGCUCAACAUAUUCCGCAUCCCCAAUGAGCACUUGGAGGCACUGCUUGAGUACGUGAAAGGACUAAAAGGCGCUGGUGUUAUCGAGCGACUGAAAGAGCGCUGCAAGGCUACGGUCGAAGAGAUUGACGCGGCCGGCGAGCAAGAGGCGAGCACUAUGGAUGACCCAGAGGUCCGCAAAGCGGCUGAAGACGAAGCUCUGCAGGAGCAACUAAGCAGGCAAAAGAAGCGAAGGCAGCUUGACGCCGAUAUCGAGAACAUGCUCAAUCACCCUUACUUAGAGGGCUACAUUCGACGGCUUAAACGUCAACGCGCGGAAGCACUACUCCACGCACUGAAUCUUGCUGCGCCUGCCUCUAUACAACGCACGAACGGCGCAGCAACCCAGCACGCUACGUCCACAGUAAGCACUGCGCGUACACAGAAAACACCGCGCAAACGCAAAUCAAGGACAGAAGUGUCGAGCGAGGAGAGCAGUAGCGAGAGCAGCAGCAGCAGCGAAGAGAGCUCGAGUUCUUCAGAGUCGGAGCCGGAGUCGGAGUCGGGAGAACGCAGCGAGUCAGACUCCGAUCGGGCCACGGAAACUUCCGCCCAAGAAGAUGAGAGCAGCGACGGCCAGGAAGACUGCUCAGCCUCAGGUUCGGACGGCGAAAGCAGCGAGGGGAGCGACAGCGAAAGUGAGGACAGAUCUGAGGCAGCAUCCCCGCUUUGCAUCACCACUUUUUUCCCCACCCCCAACAGCCAUCACGGCCUGACCCGGUUUCAUGCUUUGCUACUGUUCCGGUGUGGACUCGAUAGCAUGGCCUUACUGUGUCUCCCCACAGAACUCGUGGAGCAUAUUGCCGAGGAUCUGGAUGUGGAAUCGUUCCGUUCCUUCCGCCUUGCCAGUUCGUUGCUCAACCAGCAAUCGCUGCACCACUUUAAGGAACGCUUCUUUCGCCAACGAACUGUUCUGUGGAAUGCUGAGAGCCUUCGCCAGCUGGUCGACGUCAUCUCGCAUCCCAAUUUCGGCGACUGCUUGCAGGACCUCGUAGUCGACGCCACACCUCGCUUCGCGAUCCGGCUUUGGGAGCUUGAGAAAGGCAUUAUUGACGCCGCUGCACAUCAGGACUUCGACAGACGAGAAGAACUCACGAACCGCUAUGCCGAAGUAAAAGAGAAGGCUGAGGAGGCGGCGAAAUACUGGAACGAGACCCGGUUUGAUCAGACAACGCUUACGUCUAUCUUCAAGAAGAUGCUCGCUCUGCAGUCUAUCACCUUUGCCUAUGAUGGCAUGGACAAGCAUCAUUUGCUGUUCUCACGCCGAUACUGCGAGAAUAGCCAGAACGAGAUGAGUCGGCCCUUCGUCUCAACUCUCGCCGCUCUUGCCAUCUCCCGCCUUGCGGUCCGUACUAUAGCCAUUGACCCUCUCAAGAAGUACGGCGCCAUCAGCAUUGGGCGUCUUGAGUCGAUAUCGCCCGUAUUAGCCAGGUCCGACGACGUGUUCUUGGGCUUAGAGGCCUUAAAACUCAAUCUAAGAGACUGGAGGCACCCAGAGGAAGGUUUUGAACCGCCAGUCGGUAGAGCUCCAUUCAUCGUACGACUUCUCUCCAAAUUCAAGAACAUCAGGACGUUGGAGCUAUGUUGCUUUAGCUGCCUUGAAAUGGACAUUCUUCACGAGAUGGCAAGGCACUGUAAAUACCCACGACUAGAGAGCUGCAUCUUGGAGCUCUUCACCAUUAAUCCGGCGGAUGACCUGUUCGAUUUUCUCGAGCCAGCAAAGUCAUCGCUACGAUCCCUGUGCUUGAGUCACGUUGUCUUGAAAGACAAGUCUACUGGCUGGCCAGAUGUUCUACGCCGCAUCGCUUCAGAUUUGACGCUCGACAGGAUCGAGCUCAAAAACCUGUUCGCACAACUAGGGGAGAGAAUUGGAUUCGAGGGGACGAUUCAAGGCUGUAUUGUUAGCGAGGGUCCUGAGUUGAGCAAAGAAAUCGAGAAGUGUGCAGAGAGGCUUGUGAGUGGACAAUGGGGUCCUGCAUGGCACCUUGCCGCAGUGGCAUACCCCUUCAUUGGUGUACGCACCUAA